UCCCUUGCUUACAGCUCCUCCAGUGACCACAUGGUAGAGACAAUGGCCAUGGAAAUUGAACAACUCCUAAUGAAGUUGACCGGAAUGAAUGACAGCAUGUCCGAGUUCCUUGAGACGAGCAGUAACACAAGUUCGGCAAUGCUACACACAAUACAACGACAUAGAGAUAUAUUGCAGGAUUAUACUCACGAGUUUCGUAAAACAAAGAACAAUAUUCACACGUUUAGAGAAAGAGAGGAUUUGCUCGGAUCUGUGAGGAGAGACAUUGACGCUUACAAAAACCCGAGUGGGGUAAACAACAGAGAAAUGUAUAUGAAGGAGCACGACCACUUAAGAAAUUCUGAUCGUCUGGCUGAUGAAGCCAUCGACAUUGCCAUGGCAACCAAGGAAAAUCUAGGUCAGCAGAGAAACAUGUUCAAAGGCAUCACCUCCAGGAUGAACACGUUAGCAAAUCGCUUCCCAGCAAUCAACAACCUUGUCCAGAAGAUCAACCUUCGUAAGAGAAGGGACUCUUUAAUAAUUGCAGUUGUCAUUGCUACUUGUAUUAUCCUCAUUCUAAUCUAUUGGCUGCAUUGAAGUGUUUAACACGUGGUUGAAAUAAUGGAUUUAGCUUACACAAGCCGGAAGUCUGGCUGACUCUAAUGUACGCAAAUUGCCAAACAUUAAAGCAGCGCUUCUAAAUAUUUUAGCUUUGUUAUUUUAAAAACUCUAAGAAACACCCAACACAGUACACAGGCCAAUAUAGUUUUUACAAACAAACCUUUAAAUUUAAGAUUUCCAAUGUUUAAAACUAAGUUCAAUUUGAAACAAGGACUUAUAUGGCUUGCAACCCGGUCCUGCAUAUGAUAUUAUAUAUUGGACAUCCGUGUGCAAAGCACGUUUAAGGGUGGUAUGCAGAUUAAUUUAUGUUUUACCUGCGUUUGUAGGUUGUACAUAAUGUUGGUAUUGAACACCCAAGUAAUUGUGUAUGCUCCUUACUGCAGUUCUACCCUGCAUACCUUACACAUCUAUAGUAGGUUAGUCUAUGAAAAUAUAGUAAUUUAUGGAAGUAUAUCAGAAUAAAAGACAAUUUAUUCGCAAUCGUGAA